CAGCUCGCAGCUAAGCUUCUCAUGACAUCAAUGAACGCCAUUCAAAUCGGACCUCGAUGUUCCAGCCUGUGUGGUGCUUACAGCUAUUCCGUGCCGGAACGAAAAGUGGUAGCGAAUCGGGCAAACACAAAAAGAAGACGUUAUUAUUCAGUAUUUAAACAACAAUAAUAUGUGAACAUGCUUAAAUUGAAUAAAAUUAAUGAAUGAUUUCAAAUGCAUCAUGUGGCCUUUAUUAAAAUAAAUUGCACUUACACCGAAAAAAUCACACAAUUCAAUUCGGGCAUUUGGUUUCGUUUGGAAAUUUUACAAGAAAGUAUUAGAAAUUAAACAAAAAAAAAACAACAAUAACAACAAUAGCUGAAAAGUCAUUGUGUCUACUUCCUGGUUGGCUAAUGCACAAAGGGAGAAUCAUCGAAUUAAGUUAAUUGUACCAUACCUCAAAAACAAAAGUAAAAGAAAAAAAUCAAAGUAAAGAAAACGGUAGAGGAAGAAGAUAAAUAAUAAAUUGCAUUACAAAACAACAAAAACAAAAAUAAAAAUAACAACAAAAUACGACAAAUAAAAUAUACGAAAAUGUUAACAAGCAAACGAAGAAAAUCCGCAAUAGCCUCGAAGUCAUCGUCUAUGCCGACUUCAUCACAAUUUUCAUCAUGGUUUAUGGCUGCCUUAAUUUGUGGCUUAGUUUUUUUGUCUGCUGGCAUUCAAACACAGGCAGCAACAAUUGCCGAGGCUGAUGAUGUUACAACAACAAUGAAGAUGAUGACGGCUGAAGUACCAUCACCAGAAUCAUCAGCAUCAGCGACAGGAGAAUUGCAAAACAACAGCAACAUGAGUACAUUGACGAACAACAGCCACGAAAUGGUUGUUGAGGCAAAGGCGAUAGAAACUACAACAAUAACUCUGCCAGCAAAUAAUGCUAGUUCAAUGACUCCAUUCGAAACAACUACCACAACGCCAGCAACAGAUUCGUCAUCAUCGUCGUCAGCAUCACCAACACCAACACCAUCAUCAUCGUCGUCGCCGUCCACGCCAACAUCAACAUCAGCACCAGCACCAGCAUCGUCUUCGAUGUCUGUUGUUUUGGAUGAAUUCUCAUCAACUACAUCUUCACCACCAACAAUAACCACCACCCCAGACACCGUCUUCGCCUCCACCAAAAGCGAGUCAAAUGAUGAUCAAUCAUCAAAGACUAUGGAAACAACUAUGCCACCAACACACAUAGCAAUGGAAACCACAAUGCCACCACCAGUUACAGUGCAACAACAGCAUGAACACUCGACAACAAUGGAUGUGUCUUCUUCCUCAUCAUCAUCAUCAACUUCAAUGUCUUCAUCAACAAUGGCACCAACUACGGAAAUAAAUCGCUUAAUUGAAACAACCAAUGAGGGAGAAACGUCAUUGCCAAUGACAACCAUUGAACCGAUUACGACAACGGAACCCACAACAACGCCCACAUUCUUGGGAAUGCAUAAGGCCUCCAAUGAAAUUGAAAACAAAUUGGGAGAAAACAGCAAAACAAGGCCACUGGACGAAGAAGAAAACACAACCAUCAACAAAAUAAUGGAAGAUGAGCAUAGUCACCAACACCAACAUCAGCAUCAUCAUCAACAACAACAGCAUGAAAUGCAUCACGAUAUCGAAGAAGAUUCCAUUAAGCAUUUAUUAGAACACAAGACUGAAGAGAUUAUGCCGAAAGCUAACGAAUUGCCUAUAACAACGGCCACGAGCAUGAAAUCAGAUCACACCAACAGUGGCCAUACACAUGACACACACAUCAACCAAAUCUCAGAGGAAUCCGAUGACGAUGUUAAGGAUUUAAAUAACAUCAGACAUCCGGUUACUCUCAUAACAGCCAGUCAAAGUGAGGAGGGCCAUGCCAACAGCAACGAAAGUUCCAUGAAAUCGCUCGAAGAAAAUGAAGACCCCUAUCAUGCCCAUAUACUCUCGGAAAGCCAUGAUCGUUUGGCUGAGCACGAAGAUUAUCAAAUGAUUUCCAGCACUGAAGAUGCCAUGGAUAUGUCAUCAUCACCCAUGGCCUUCAGCACUACCACCAGCACGCCCAGAGCGCACACCGAUGAAAUGGCUGACAAUGAAGACACAAACAAACCUAUGCCACCCGGCAUUGCAACUCUCACAAACGAAACAAAUGAAGGUAGGGCUCGCGCCAUAAACAUGCACUUUGAGGAAAGCUUGACUUCAACCUCUGCCAACACCACUGCCACUACACCUGCGGGACCCAUUAUUAGCAUAGUGGAAGGACAGCACAUGCACCUACACGAAGAGCAUCAACAUGAACAUAACCAUGAUGACGACCACAGCCAUCACAUGCAGCACAGCCACAACGAACAAGAAGAUUUGACCUCUUCGACAACAGAGAAAAUGCAUGAAAUGCCAUCCCCCGUCUACGUGUUUAAUGGCGAGGGUCGUUCCGUUGACUCCUCCAUAUCGGCCGAAGACGAUUUGUCCCAUCUGAAUUAUCAGUACAACUUUGUCACCACCGAGCGGGUACAUGACUUACAUGAGCCCAAAAACGCCGCCAUCAAUGAUUUAAGCAAUGUCAGCAUGGAGGAAGAGGACAACAGCGACAAGCAACAACAAAAUCUUAUAGGCAUCAAGGAAAAGCACAGAGACGACUUGGUCAACACCAACAACCACACCAGCGGCAGCAACACUACAUUCACCUCAGCAGAUGAGAUGACGAGCAGCACAACCACUGUCGCCCCUGUCGACACAAGUUCGACAACACCCAUGACCACAGUCAAUGAUUCGACAAUAGAGCCUCAUAUGAAAAUAACAGAAAUAACUGCAGCCGGCGACGUAAUGCAUCGUGAAUGCAUGGCAGAUGGUCAAAGUUACAAGAAUGGCGAAAAUAUGGAGAGGGGCUGUGAUGAACGUUGCACCUGUAACAGAGGUGAAUGGAUUUGUUCUCCUCGCUGUCUGGGCAAAACCUUCAAACGUGGCUCCGGCAUGAUGGCCAUGGAUCAGCAACCCAACUGUCGUGAGAUUCCUGUGGAGGAUGACGAAUGUUGUGGCCAGCUGGAUUGUGGCUCAGCUGAAGAAGUAUUUCUGCCCACGCAAUCCAUUUUGAACGCAGACGAUUCUGCGAAUGCAUCCAUCCAUAAGACACGCCCCGAUUGUUACUUCAACGGUGGCAUUUACAAAUUCCGGGAACGCCUGGAAAUUGGCUGUGAACAAAUCUGCCACUGCGAUGAGGAUGGCAUCAUGAACUGCAAGCCGCGAUGUCCCGAACGCAAUCAUACGCGCCUAGACAAAUGUGUGUUCGUCAAGGAUCCCAAGGACGUUUGCUGCCAGCUGGAAUUGUGCGAUGUUACUUUGGACGAUCACGAGCAGACGCCAUCACCACCACCAGGCCACAAUGCCAUUGGUGAUGAGGGGGGUUAUGGCUUUCAAGAGGCUCGCGACAUUGAUGGAGCUGCUGGCCAUGGUACCUGUGAGUACAAAGGCCAAAUUUACCCCGAAAGCAAACAGUUUCACGAUGGCUGUGAUCAGCUCUGUCUGUGCACACAACAGGGUGUGCACUGUGCAAAAUUGCAGUGUCCCACCUCCUUUGGUUUGGAUGUCUUGAAUCCCCACUGCUUGCGUUGGGAGCCUGAACCGGCCAACUUUAAACCUGUGGCUCCCAAUUGUUGCCCGGACAGUAUGCGUUGCGUAGACAACGGUACUUGUGUGUAUCGUGGUGAAGAAUUUGAAAAUUGGUCUCAAAUACCCACCAAUCUCACUGGGUGUGAGCAACAUUGUUAUUGCGACAAUGGCAAAGUAGAAUGCCGUCCCGCCUGUCCUCCUGUUCUGGCCUUGCCCCCACCCGACUUGCCCUGCCAUCCGGCUCAAGCUCGCCUGCUGCCCAUACCAGAUGAGGAAUGUUGCAAGCAUUGGGCCUGUGCCCCCGUGCCAGAUCAGAAUGGUCUGACAGAGAAACCCUACCAUGGCAAACAGCAACAUCAGGACCAAGAGGAGGAGGAAGAGGAGACCUCAGAGGAACACCAGGGUCACAAUGGAUUCAAUAACCUACAGCCCGAUAUUGAAGUCCAUACAUUGGAGGCCAUAGAUGCCCGAACUGUGCGCAUUGUCUUCACCGUGCCGCAAGUCUAUGUGAAUCUGCAUGGUCGUGUGGAAUUGCGUUACACCAAUGGCCCAGGCAACGACACCACCAAGUGGGAACAACAGAUAUUUGCUCCACCGGAGGACUUAAUUGCCACCUCUCAGAUGGAAUUCGAUUUGCCCGGUUUGGAGCCCAACUCUUUGUACAAAAUCAAAAUUACUUUGAUUUUAAGAGAUCUCAACUCUCAGCCCACAAGUUCUAUUUACACCGUCAAAACCCCCGCCGACCGAACCAUUACACCACCUCCACCGCCCUCGGACUAUAGACCGGACUUCCAAGAUAUCUUCAAGAGCGUCGAAGAUCCCGAGCUCAAUGUCAGCGAAACCAAUUCGACAUGGCUGCAUUUGACUUGGAAGAAGUUGUCCGAUGAUCACUUGGAUUAUGUGGAUGGCAUUCAGUUGAGAUACAAGGAACUAACCGGCAUGAUAUACUCGUCGACGCCGUUGGUGCAUCGCUCAUUGACCUCGUACACCAUUGAAAAUCUUCAGCCAGACACAGGCUACGAAAUUGGUCUUUACUACAUACCCUUCCCUGGCCAUGGUGCUGAAAUAAGGGCUGGUCAUAUGAUCAAGGUGCGCACAAGUCCCAAAGUUGAUGUCUUCGCUUUCGAUGUUAUGGUUAAUGUCACUAAGAUCAAGGCCCAAAGUGUCGAAGUAUCCUGGAGUGGUGUACCUUAUCCCGAAGACAAGUAUGUCAACAUCUAUCGGGCCAUCUAUCAAAGUGAUUCUGGCAAGGAGGACUCCAGCGUGUUCAAGGUGGCCAAGAGGGAUAGCUCAACGGGUACGCUGAUAAUGGACUUGAAACCAGGCACCAAAUAUCGUCUAUGGCUCGAAGUCUACAUGACCAAUGGCAAGAUCAAGAAGAGCAAUGUGGUCAACUUUAUAACAAAGCCCGGUGGCAAUGCAGUGCCCGGUAAAACAGUUUUAACUGCUUACCAAAGGAUACAAACAUUUUUCGGCAAACUACUACAUGCUGGGGUUGAUCAACCCGUAGGCGAUUACUAUGGACCUCUUGUAGUCGUCUCGGUAGUGGCUGCUUUGGCCAUUAUGUCGACACUAGUAUUACUGCUAAUAUUAACAAGAAGGCGUGUCCAUCAAACUGCUUCCAUAACACCUCCACGAAAGAGUGAUGCUGCCUAUGACAAUCCCUCAUACAAGGUGGAUAUACAACAAGAAACCAUGAAUCUGUAGCGAUUUUAACAAGCGUGCGAGCGAAUAAGGUUUCUUGGAAGUCCUUUGUAUUUUUUCUACUCAAAACAAAAACAAAAACAUGAAAUCCUAGUUGUGUCUUAGAAAAUAGGUUUGAAAAACAAAUUUAUGUAAAUAUUAAACAAACAAAAAAAAAAACGAAAAUAGUAGUUAACCCCAAAUUGCAUACCAUUUAAAAAAAACAAAA